GAUAGCUCGGAUGCCAGUGCAUUGAGAAGGGUAGGGGUCUCCCGAAACACACACAAGCACACAGGUCCUCGCGUAGCCGAAAGGGAGAGGAGGGAAUGGUACACACACACGGACGCUCAGGUGUAAGUGAUGCUACUGCAAGUUGAAGUCCUGGAAGUAAAACCGCAGCAGUUUAGGAAUAAACGGAUAGGAGACGUUUCCCGUUGCAGAGCGCACUCAGUUCAUUUGGAAUACAGAGACGCAGCGUGGAAUUACUGGAGCCCUCUGUUUGUGAACUAAAGUCAACGCAUUUUCGACAGCAUUGCCCAUUUUUAUUGGAUUUCUAUUCCUUUCCUUUCUUUUCUCUUCUUUUUUUUCUGUUGCUGUGUUUGACACGGUUUAUUAUUCCCCCUAUAUUCUAAUGUCGUGGAGUAAGCUAUCUACCCUUUUCAGUUUGUUUUAUGUUGUUUUAUUUUGAUUUUCUCAUUCUCUGAAAAAAAGCUUGGGUUCGUCUUUGCGGAUUGUGGUGAAAGAUACUCAAUCUCUCAAACUGAGUCGUGUCAUGGAUGGCAAAUUUAAUUUGCAUCUACGGAGCAAAUCGGGGAAUAUAGAAUAACUGCUGCUGACAGAGACAAGGACAAAUGACAUAGGAUGAACACUGCUGGUCAUCUCUGUCUGUCUGUGCUGUCAUUCCUCUUCGCACUGGCCUGGGCCGUGGAGCCGCUGGGUCAAGCUGCCCCCUGCUCCUCUCUGGUGGCCGGAGUCUUAUACGGCUCCUUCUCGCUCAAGGAUCUCUUUCCCAACCCAUUGGCUCUGGCAUCUGGAUGCUCCUGGACUGUGGAGAACCCUGAUCCCACCAAGUACUCACUGUAUUUCCGCUUCAAUCGCCAUGCUGGCACCUGUUUAGCUUUUUCCCCGGUGGUUCUGCCCCUGGACCACUACCUCUCAAAUCAGACUUGUGGUCCCCCAGACCAGCCCUUUCCUUCAGACUCGGAAGCCGUUGAGCUAUGCAUAGUCCCCGGACCACACACCUUCCUGCAGUUUGAUAAGAACUUUGUGCAGUUGUGCCUGACCGCUCACCCCAGCCCUGAAAACGGCAGCAAUGAUGAACAAGGGACAUCCGAGGGCCAGGAGCCUUUGUCGGAGGAAACUCUGAACUUCCGGCUUGUAGAAGUUUUGCUCAUCAACAACGAGAACUCCAGUCAUUUCACGUGUGGAGUGUUAUGUAGAUGGUUCGAGGAAUGCUUACAUGUAGGCUCAGGAUGGGAAGUCGAGAGUUGCAGUAUCACACAGACAGGUUGUGUGUGCUCGAACACCGCUCCUUCAGUGUCGCUUCUGCCAACCAGGCCCCACAACAACUCCUUGGACCCCAGCGUGAGUGUGUUGCAAUCACCGCCUGAUGACUGUUGUGUCACACAGCUGCAUUCGAAGAAUGGCAUUGCGAUAGCGCCAAGGGAUGUACGGCAAGAACCUGACGAUGAUGAGCAGAAGGUGAAGGUGAAGACGCAGAGGCCACGGUCAGCUGACCAGCCAGGUGUGUUUCAAGCACAAACAGGUGACCCAGCAGCAGAGGAGUGGUCUCAGUGGAGUGUGUGUUCGCUGACAUGUGGGCAGGGUUGGCAAGUUCGUUCGCGUUCAUGUGUGUCUUCUCCUUAUGGGACCCUCUGCAGCGGCCCGCUGAGGGAGACCCGACUCUGCAACAACACUGCCACCUGCCCAGGUGAGCCGCAGCAUCAAGCAGUGGAGGGGCAGUGGUUGGACUGGGCAUCCUGGUCUCAGUGCUCCAUUUCUUGUGGUUCCGGCACUCAGCAGAGGCAGCGGCGUUGCAGUGUGUCGGUACACGGCUGGGCUGAAUGUAAUGGGCCGCAUGCAGAAACUCGUGAGUGCACUAACCUAUCUUGUGGGGGUGGAGGGAACUGGGGUGCAUGGAAUCACUGGAGCCUUUGCUCCAAGACAUGUGACUCUGGUUGGCAGCGGCGCUUCCGUAUGUGUGAGGGAACUGGAAUCCAGGGAUACCCCUGCGAUGGCUCUGGAGAGGAAGUACAUGCCUGCAAUGAAAAGAAGUGCCCAGCACCUCAUGAAAUUUGUAAAGAUGAAUACCAAGUAUCCAUGACGUGGAAGAGAGCCUCAGCUGGAGAGACUGUGUACAACAAGUGUCCAUCAAAUGCCACUGGAUCUGCUAGUCGUCAUUGUAUGCUGGACGUUAAUGGAGUUGCUUACUGGGGUCCUCCGAGCUUCGCCCGAUGUGUCUCACUUGAAUAUAGAUAUUUACAUUUAUCUUUGCGAGAACAUCUUGCGAAGGGUCAGAGGACCCUGGCAGGGGAGGGCAUGUCUCAGAUCGUGAGGAGUCUCCUGGAGUUAAUGUCCCGUAAGAGUUAUUAUAGUGGCGACCUCUUAUUCUCCGUGGAGAUUCUCCGAAAUGUGACGGACACCUUCAAGCGAGCAACCUACAUCCCAGCUCCUGACGACGUGCAGAAAUUCUUCCAGAUAGUCAGCUUAAUGUUGGACAUUGAAAACCUGGAGAAGUGGGAAGAUGCUCAUGAGGUCUCUGCGGGUUCUGUCUUGCUGAUGCGAGUCGUGGAAGACUUCAUUCACCUAAUUGGAGAGGCUCAGAAACCAUUCCAGAGCUUUCUGGUUGUCACCAACAACCUCAUCAUCACUAUACAGCGAGAGCCAGUUUCAGCUGUUUCCAGUGACAUCAACUUCCCAAUGAAGGGGAGGAGAGGGAUGAAAGACUGGGCACGCUCCGCAGAUGACAAACUCUUCAUCCCUAAAGAGGUCUUGACUCUGUCUUCAGAUGAAUCAGACGACAUGCCAUACUUCGUCAUCGGAGCCAUCCUGUACCGCACCCUUGGCCUCAUAAUGCCUCCACCUAAAGAUCCAUUUGUGAUCAGCUCAAAGAUUCUGACAGUGACGGUACGUCCUUUACCAAAGCCCACUGAGCCCUUGGUAUCUGUGGAACUUGUCUCUUUGCUCAAUGGCACGACAGAUCCUCAGUGUGUCGUCUGGGACUAUGGAAACCUAGAGGCUGGCGAAGAAAACUGGGACGCAGAGAGCUGCCAAACACUCCCAUCGCUGGCAGUCUCCCACACCAAAUGUCUGUGCAGAAAGCUGUCCACCUUUGCAGUGUUAGCACAGAAAGCUAAAGAACCGGGUAUGGGGCCCUCCAGUAUGCCAUCUGUGCCCCUCAUGGUGGGCUGUGGCAUAUCCUGCAUGGCUCUAUUCAUUCUACUGCUUAUUUAUGCUGCCUUCUGGAGGUAUAUCCGUUCAGAGAGGUCCAUCAUCUUGGUGAACUUCUGCAUGUCCAUUUUGGCCUCCAAUGUGCUCAUACUGGUAGGACAGUCCCAAACUCUCAGUAAGGGGCUGUGCACUGUGACUGCUGCCUUUUUGCACUUCUUUUUUCUUGCCUCAUUCUGCUGGGUACUGACAGAGGCAUGGCAGUCCUACCUGGCCGUGAUUGGAAAGAUGAGAUCACGCCUCAUUCGCAAGCGCUUCCUGUGCCUGGGCUGGGGUUUGCCUGCUCUUGUGGUUGCUGUAUCUGUGGGAUUCACCCGGGCUAGAGGCUAUGGCACGCCGAGCUAUUGCUGGUUGUCUCUGGAAGGGGGGCUGCUCUAUGCGUUUGUCGGUCCCGCUGCUGUCAUUGUGCUGGUCAACAUGCUCAUUGGAAUAGUGGUCUUCAACAAGCUUAUGUCUAGAGAUGGCAUCUCAGAUAAGUCCAAAAAGCAGAGAGCAGGCCCGCCGUUGGAAGCGCGUAGCAGGCUGCUCCUGAAAUGCUCCAAGUGUGGGGUGAUCUCCAGCACGGCCCUGUCCAGCUCCACCGCCAGCAGUGCCAUGGCGUCUUUAUGGAGCUCUUGUGUGGUUCUUCCCCUGUUGGCACUAACAUGGAUGUCAGCAGUGCUAGCCAUCACAGACCGGCGCUCCACCCUUUUCCAGGUGCUCUUCGCCACCUUUGACUCAUUCCAGGGCUUCGUCAUCAUCACAGUCCAUUGUGCCAUGCGCCGAGAGGUACAGGACGCAGUGCGCUGUAGGAUGGGUGGCUGCAAAGACGACAGUGAAAACUCUCCAGACUCCUGCAAGAACGGACAGGUGCAGAUCAUGACGGACUUUGAGAAAGAUGUGGACUUGGCAUGUCAAACGGAGAGAGGACACCCAUUCAUCUUUAAGGAAGUGAGCACCUGUAACCCUGCUACCAUUACUGGCACUCUAUCCCGUAUCUCCUUGGAUGAUGAGGAUGACCCUAAGCUUGUAGCCCACCAGGAAGGAGUCAACUUCAGCAGCCUACCUGGGAACAUCCCUCCACCUAACCUUUUGAUACAAGUACCUCCUCUGGGUCCCCUGAAUGAGCUCAGAACAGACACUAAAAAAGAAGUCAAUGUGGAACAGCAAGGUCAGCACCAGCGAUCUGGACCCAUCUACUUGUGCACUGAAAGUGGGCUGGGAUGGGCCCGACCAAACCCUACUUCCACCCAAGAUUCAGUUGGUGGUGGAGGUGGGGAAGGGGACUACAUGGUGCUCCCACGUCGGACAGUCAGUCUCAAGCCCCCUCCUCCACCUCAGGAUGACAGCAAUCCCCUGAACAUUACAGUAGACGACCCACCCUUUCCUCCACCCCCUUCACCCAUGACUCUACAUCCAGCAGAGUGUGAGGCCUACCCUGCGGACUUUGCAGCGGUGGACCACAUCAACAUAAAUCUAAACCACUCCUAUGGCAUGCUGAAACAGCUGCCAGCCCAUGCUGGCCACACACACACACACUCCCACACCAACACCCACACCCUGCAGGUCAAGCAGAAUUGUCCAUCUACCCGACAGAUUCUUAGCUCGGGCACAGUGGAGCGCACCAGAACCCUUCCUCGCAACCUGGGCAGCACCAACACCAGCCUCUCAGCUGGAUCUUUGGAAAAGAAAAGAGUACGGUACUCUGAGCUGGACUUUGAGAAAGUGAUGCACACACGCAAAAGACACUCAGAGCUGUACCAUGAACUCAACCACUCCAACAAGUUCCACACCAUAGACAGGUAUAACAGGGAACCUGCCAUGUCGUCCUUCAAGGUUCCUCCUCCACCUCCACCAAGACAAUCUGAGCCAAUGUUAACACGGAGAAUGAGCUUCGUUUACAAAGAGAGCCAACGAUAAGUCAACCACAGAUGACCAACGAUCUUGGGACAGCUUUAAGACCAUGACCCCUGAGCAGACCUGUGGGUCCAAUGAACAUAAGGACAGACUGGAGUUAUGCAGUAAACCCUGGG